AUGAGUGAAGAUAACAGACUCUACUUCCACAUCCAAGUGUUAGAAUCCAAAAUCAAGAAAAUCCAAACAGAUGCAAAAAAUUCUCAGCAAUUGUCUGCUGAGAGAGACCAAUACUUUCAAACUAUUAUCAAGUAUCAGAGCUACAAGAUUCAGAAACAAGCAGUGCAGAUUGAGCUUCAGAAAGCUAAAAUUCAGAAUAUAACUUUAAGGUAUUCUAAGUACUGUGAGAAUAUGGAAAGGCAGAUGAGGUUCUUGGAGGGGAUGGCAUAUAGGGAGAAUGAGGUACCUUCACCAGAGGAGAGAGGCAAGUAUCCCUCUCUAACUAAGACCUCUCAGAGUUCAGAACCUAUACUUGGCUCUGAAGUGGAAGACAACUUGAGAUUUGAAGCUUUAGCCUCUACAAAUCCUAUCAGAAAUCCCAACUAUAAGAGUGGUGAUAGGACUGCACUUGUAGCUCCACUGGUAAGUUUAUUUCCUCUAUCAAGUUUGCUACCCAGUUUCUUAAACUUAUCCAAAUAUAAUACUAAACUACUUUAAUAGAUUGGACUUAAUAUCUCUUCUGAAAACCUAUCAGAGAUGCCUGCUCAAGGAUCUCAAAAAUAA